AUGCCGUCGCCCACUCGGCCUUCACAAAGACUGCAAUCCCCGUCAGCGCAAAAUCCAGAGCGUCCCCAUCACCGGAGUAGUCAUGGCCAUUCGCAUUCCCAUCGCCACCGACACCGUGACACUUCACGCUCGCGCUCGCGCUCGCGCUCUCCUCGCCGAUCGGACGGACACAAAUCGGACCGUCGCCACCGCCGUGAAGAUCGGGGAAAGGAACGAGAACGGGAUAGAGUGCGCCGUGAGCGACGAGAAAAAGAGGCACCUGCAAAGCCCGUGAUUCUGCCGUUCCGGGCGCGGGAGCUGUCAAGGCGCGACCUCGAGACCUACGAGCCGAUGUUUGCUAUGUACCUGGAUAUUCAGAAGGGGCGUUACAUCGAGGAUAUGAAAGAGGAUGAGGUGAAGGGGCGGUGGAAGAGUUUUAUUCAAAAAUGGAAUCGUGGAGAACUUGCCGAGGGUUGGUAUGAGCCAGCCACGCUUCAGAAAGCACGCCAAAAUGCAGUCCAGCAGCCAGCCUUGGAUCGAGAACGUGCAUCGCCGGAUUAUGCACGGGGGGAACAAGCGCAGAGUGGGGACGCGGAGGAUCUGCUGGCGGACAAUGAUGACGACGAUGAGGACUAUGGACCGAAAUUGCCUCAUCCUGGCUCGAUGAGAGCUGCGGCACGUUCUGGUCCGGCGAUACCGAAUAUGCAGGAUCUCGAGCUCCAAAGAGAACCCGCCAUUGAAGAUGCCAUAGCUUCACGCGAUGAUUCGCGACAGCAAUACCGUAGCGACAUGCGCUCUCACAAGGCGGAACAGCGCCACCUGGAAGACGAGGUUGCGCCUCGGGCUGAGGCCGGCACGAGGGAGAGACAGCUCGAGAAGCGCCGAGAGGCAGCCGCAGCGAAUCGCUCAUUCGCGGAAGCUCGUGGACCUUCGCCCGAGGCUGCUCCUGAAGAAGAGCUGAUGGGCUCUGGUGACAAUGACCUGGCUGCUCUCAAGCGAGAGAAGGAAAAGGACCAACGCAAGAAGAACGAACGAGAGAUUCGUCGCGAAGAGAUUCUGCGUGCUCGUGCUGCCGAGCGAGAGGAGCGCAUUCAGAAGUAUCGAGAGAAGGAAGAGGAGACUAUUGGCUGGUUGCAGACUCUGGCAAAGCAGCGAUUUGGCUGA